UGCAUCUGUUGUAUGUCGCAAUGACCCUCAAGAAGCUCUUCUUGUAAAAAGACACACAGGAACUAAAAAAGAGAAGGAGGAAGGUGGACCGUGAGAUGGAAUCGACAGAUGAGAACUGCGGCGCAGUCACAGAAGGAAACGGUGCUUAUCCGACACGAUGCACUGAGGAAGUACUUCUGCCUUUCUUCACAGAUGAGAGUCUGCAGGCUGCCAUGAACAUACAACCUCUUCCUGUCUACCCUGGCACCCCACCUGCCCUCCCAGAACUCCGGCUGGUUCUGCUGGGAAGAAAGGGAGCCGGCAAGAGCGCUGCAGGGAACACCUUGCUGGGAGGUGUGGGUGGGUUCGAGAGCGGGAAGCCAACAGAGGAGUGCGUGAAAAGGCGAGCAGAUGUCGUUGGAAGGAAGGUCACAGUGGUGGACACACCUGGGUGGGAGUGGUACUACCCUCUCAACAGUACCCCCAAUUGGGUCAGGAGGGAAACUCUAAGAAGUGUUACCCUGUGCCCUCCUGGACCCCACGCUGUGCUCCUGGUAGUCCGCUCCUGCGCUUCCAUCACAGACAGCUACAUCCAGGAGAUAGAAGAGCACCUAGAGCCGCUAGGAAGGGAGGUGUGGGAACACACCUUGGUGCUUUUCACCAGGGGAGACGAACUGGGCCUGUCCACCAUGGAGCAGCGAAUCCAGACAAGCGGUUCUGGACUCCAAAGACUCCUCCAGAAGUGUGGUAGCAGAUACCACAUAGUCAAUAACUACAACAAAGGAGAUUUGACACAAGUAAAGGAGCUGAUAAGGAAGCUGGAGAUGAUGGUGGACAGAAAGAAGUGCGUAAAGAAUCAUCUGGAGCUGGAUAAUGGUGUUCUGUUGGGGCUGGAGGCAGAUGGAAAGAGGAGAGCCAGGGAGAGGAGGAAGAAGCAGAGGCAGAUGGAGGCACAGAUGCAAAGAGGGACCAUCAAAGCUGCUCUCAUGAGCGAUGGACUCCAGGGUUCAGAGCUGGAUGCACACCAGUCGUUCUCCAAGACUUCUCGACGGCUUCCUGAGGUUAGACUGGUUCUACUGGGAGAGCGCGAAACUGGGAAGAGUUGUGCCGGGAACGCCCUCCUUGGGAAAACUGGCUUCUUCCAAGCAGGAGUAGUGACGGAGGAGAGUGUCCGCCAGCAGGCGGAGGUGGCCAGGGUAAUGGUGACUGUGGUGGACACACCAGGCUGGGAGGCAGGAGUUGCCGGUGCCACGCCAGAGCGGGUCAAACGAGAGAUCAUGUGCAGCGUGGCUCUGUGCCCUCCUGGGCCUCAUGCCCUCCUGGUGACUCUGAGGGUGGACACUCUUGUGAGGUCGGGACACAUCAGGGAGCACCUGGAACUUCUUGGAGAGGGCGUGUGGAGACACACAAUCCUGCUGUUCACCCACGGCGACCAGCUCCGCGAGGGGGUGGUCAUUGAGCAGCACAUCCAGAGCGGAGGCAGGGACUUGCAGUGGCUGCUGGAGAAAUGCAGGGGCAGGUACCAUGUGAUUGGCAGCAGAGACGGAGGAGGACGAGGCAGCGGUGGGUCUGCAAAGGUGACGGAGCUCCUGGAGAAAGUGGAGAAGAUGGCAACGAUGAACAGAUGUGAAGCCUUCUCCUGCGUGAUACAGGAAGUUAGGGAUCUGAGCCUUCAGAGGAAUGAAAAGUUCAACCAGCGGCUUAAGGAGAUGGGAGACAAGCUGGUUCGUCAGGAGGCAGAGUUGAAAAAAAUGAGGGACCGGGAGGUGAAAAGCAUCAGGUGGUUCUUUGAUCGUAAGAAGAAGGUGAAGUCACCAGGUAAAGCGGAUGUUCAAAGAGAGGAGGAGGAGGAAGAAGACAGGAGGGUUGGAGAAAUCAGAAAUGACUUUGGCGACUUGGAAGAGAGGAUGCGAUGGCUGACGGAGGACAGAGAGAGGGAAAUUCAGGAUCUAAGCCUUGAAAACGAGAGAAUCCGAAUCGCACUAAACCAACGUCAACAAGAGAAACACGACGCGGAGCUCAACUUGGACCUAAAAGAAAGGGAGAUCGAGGAGCUAAAGGAAAGGACUGAUGAGCAACAGCUGAAACUUCUCGAUCUCGAACGCACCUGCGUUGAAUCUGAACACAAGAGGAGGCGGCGGGAGGAUGAAAUCAGAGCAGAAAAACAAGAAUGGAGAAAAAAACUUGAGGAGAAGGAGGACGCUGUGGAGGUGCUUAAGAAGGAGAGAGCAGAGUGGAUUGAAAGGUUUGAAGCGUUACAAGUAAAAAUGGAGCAGACUGAAACACACUAUAAUGAUUCUCUUAGAAAAGAAGGAGAGAAAAUCAGGGAGAUGGCAGAGAGGGAGGAAAAACUGAAGCAAGAGAUGGAAAAUAAAGACAAACAGCUGGAAGAACUGAGAAGAAAGGCUACAGAGGAACAGCAGAUGAUGCUCGAAAACUUUAAAAUGUUGGAAAAAAGGACGGAGGACCUGAAACUACAACAUAAAACACAAAUGGGGGAGAAAGAAACAGAGAUAAAAGACAUAAAACUGCAGCAUCAAGAAGAGAUGGUCAGAAAAAAUAAUGAGACUGAAAAAAAUAUGGAGACAAUGAAAGUUCAACAGAAACAAGAAAUCAACAAGAUGUUAAAAGAAAAAAAUAACGACAUAGAAAGACUCAAACUACUGCAUAAAGAAGAAAUUGAGAACAUGAAGCAAGAGCAACAAAAACAGAUAACAGAGUUAAAUAAACAGUUUGCAAAAGAAAAGAGUGAACUUUUGCAGACAAAAAAGAGAGAAAUGGCAAAACUAAAACUAGAAUUUCUCACUCAAAUUGAAGCAAAUAUGCAGGAAAAUGAAAAAAACAAAGAAAUAACUCAUCUACAGCACAAAAAAGACAUGGAAAUACAUGCUCAAGAGAAAGAAAGGCACCAGGAAGCCUUAAAACUGAAACACCAAGAAGAAAUAGCAACAAAAAUAAAUGAAAUGGUUAAAUUCAAGGAGGAAAGUAAAGCGGACCACAAGAAGGAAGUCGAUAAAAUAGUCAAAGAGAAGGAAGAGGAAAUCAUAAAGGCCAAACGAGAACAUGCAGAAAUACUAAGCAGGCUAGAACGAGAGAGAGAAAGAGAAAAUAACGGGCUGAAGCAACAAAUACAUGAAGGAGAACAGGAAAAACAGAGACAGAUAAAAGAAUUAAAGGACAAGUUUGCAGCCCAAACAGAAGAAACCGGGCGAGGACAGGCCAGCAUGUUGCAAGAUCUGCACCAGAGACAAAAAGAAAUUGAAGAAGUGAAAUGUGAACUGAAAAAUGAAAUUGAAAACAGAGCAGCAGAUAACGGUAGACACAAGAAAGAGGUUCUGCAAAAAGAGAAAGAGGUUGAGGAAAUGAAAAAGAAGUUCAAAGAAAUGAAGGAGAAAAUGCAACAGAAAGAAGAAAGAGAGAAAGAACUUUUGAGUGACAUUCAAAGGAGAGAAACAGAGAGAAAAAGAUACAAGAAAGAGAUGGAGCAACAGACAGAGGAAGUGAAGGGGAAGAUUGAAGAAAUGAAGGAGAAAAUGCAACAAAGAGAAGAAAGAGAGAAAGAUCUUUUAAAUGAGAUCAAUGCAAUGGAGCAAAAACUAAAAGAAAAAGUCAAAGAAACUGAGGAGAUGAAAUUAAUUAUUAAAGAAAUAAAGGAGAAGAUCCAAGAAAAGGAAGAGAAAGAUCUUGUUUAUUUGGAGUGCAAAAAAAACACAGAGCAGAAAAUGAAGAGAAAAGAACAGGAAAUCGAACAGAUAAAGGAGCAAAUAAAAGAUCUGGAGGAACAUCUGGUGCAGGCAAAGCAGCAAAGAGAAAGAGACGGUCUGAGCUACAAGAAGCAGAUGCAGCAAACUUCAGAAGAAAAUAGCAGAGCAAUAGAAAAGUUGCAACAGCACAUAAAGGACAUUGAGGAGAUUCUGCAGAGAAAGGAAGAGGAGCGGGGAGAAAUCAUUCUGAACCAAAAGAAAGAGGCCGAGCAACGCCUUCAGGACACCGAGAGAAGGAUGGAGGAGAUGAGGCAAGAGCUUCUGGAAGACAUGGAGAACAAACUGAAAGAGAAGGAGAUCGAGAACAAAAAUAUUAAACAGCAGGCUGAGUCCAGGGAGGCAAGAUGGAGGGAGGAGCUGAAGAAGACAGAGGAGAGAGGAGCGAGCGAGAUAAACAAGCUUCUAGAGAUCAUCGAGAAGAAAUCGAAAGAAAUAACACAAGCAGAAAGGCUUCUCACAGAGAAAGAAGGGCAGAUUGACAACCUAAAACAACAGUGUGCAAACUGCUUUAAAGACAUAGAAGAGUUGAGAGAAAGAAAUGAAAAGAAUGUGAUUAGCAUGGCUGAGAUGCAGCAAUGCCACGCAGAGCAAGAGAAGAAACUCCAGGCAGAAAUGAUGGAAAGAAACCAGGAGAAAGAACAAGAGCUCAAACAUCUGCUGCAAAAAGACAAAGACAAUGAGAAGGAGGUCGUCCAGCUUAGGCUGACCAUCGAGCAGACUAAAUCAGAGCUGAAAGAGCUCACUGUGAAAAUGGAGAAGGAAAUGAUGAGCAUGAUUCAGGAGUACGAAAAAGAGAUCAAAGAAAAAACUCAGAAUAUAGAGAAGUUUGCAAAGGAGAAGGAGACUCAUAUCAGUCAGUUAGAGCAAAGCAUUCAGGUCAUCACAGAGAAAUACAAGAGGAGCCAGAAGAGAGUAGAGGAGCUGAAUGAGCAAAAUGAGAAGAUGAGAAAAGAGACAGAAAAUUUCAGCAUCAAGUGCGAGGAGAUGAGGAAGAAGAGUGAGGAAGAAAUUAGGGAGCAUCAAGCAACAUGUGAGGAGAAGGUAAAGAGCAUAGAAGCUAUCAUUCUGGAGAGAGACUCAGAGGUGAGAGCUUUACAAGAAGCCAAUGAUAAACUUCUACUAGAGGUGGAAGAGAUUAAAGCGAGUGAAGACAGGAGCAAGAUUCAGAUCAAUGAGCUGAUAGAGAAACAAAAAGGCCAGGCAGAGAAAUAUGACAAAGAAUGCCUAAAAAGAGAGACAUUAGUCGAAGACAGAGAGCAAGCUGUGAGGAGAGAGGAAGAAGGGUUGAGCAAGAGAAGAAACAACCUCAAUGCAAAACAGGAAGAGCUUGUUGAAAUGGAGAUCAAGCUGAAAAGUAGAGAAUCAGAGCUUCAGAAACUUCAAACUAGUCUAGAGAUAAGCAAAAAAGAAGCAGAGGAAAAUGAUAAUCACAGGAAAGAGUUGAACUUAAGGCAACAGGUUAUCGAGAAGAAGGAAAAGGAGCUGGACGCAUUGCUUGGAGCCCUGGAGGGCAAGCAGAAAGAGCUGAGCUCUCAUGGUCAAGACCUCCAGAAGAAGGUCAGGGGCCUGAAGGAUCAAGGGAAGGAGCUGAAGGACAGAGAGUGCUACCUAAAGAACGAGGUGCAGGAGCUACUCAACUGGAAGUCCGAGCUGCUGAUGCAAAACGAACACGUCAAUUGCACGACACAGGAGCUGGAUGAGAUGCGCAGAAACCUUUCUUUGCUGAAAGAGGAGCUCCGCACCAGGGAGACAAAGCUAAAGGACUCGCUCAAAAAUAUGAACAGAUGGGAGCAGAAUCUCACACAACGAGAGGAAGAGCUGGUCAGGAGACACCAAAUGUCUGAUGAUAGCAUUAAGGAAAGGGAUUCUUCCCAUCUACUGAGUGAAGAUAACUUGCCUUUGAUGCACCAAGAGGUCAAUAAGGGGAGGGCAAAGGGAAGCGGAAAAGAGUCAGACAGAGAAGAUACCACUGCAGAGACAAAUAAAAAUCACCUUGAAACACUGUUAGAAACAAAACAGCUCGAAGUAAACAAUAAGAUCAACAGUUUCAGAUCCCUACCAAACCACAAGGACCUGGGGCUGGAUUUGAGAGUGAUGGUUCUCGGAGAGACGUGGUCUUCUCAAUCUCCGGCUGGAGUCACCAUCUUAGGCGGAGAAGCAUCUAAGUUCAAUGGAUCCGGCUUCAGGCCUUGGAGAGGUCAGAUAGGCAGAAGGCGCCUGGCGGUCGCAGAACCGCUGGGUCUGAAGUGGCGAGAUGGCCCCGACCCAACUGACACGGCGCAACGUAAGAACAUACUGGACAGCGCCUCCUGGUGCCGGCCGGGCUUUCAUGUCGUCCUCCUGCUCCUUCCUGCCUUCCUGACCUACACGCGGAACUACAGGAGGGCCGUGGAGGAGCACGUGGGCUUGCUCGGGGAGGAGGCCUGGAGGCGCACGUUGGUGCUUUUCACCUGGGGGGAGAUUCUGGGAGAGAGCGUGGAGCAGCACAUCCUGAGGAACGGGGAACUGAUGGGGCUCAUAGAGAGGUGUGAGGGCAGGUACCAUGUGCUGACCAGCAAACAAAACAACUCAGUGAUCGAAGGAUUAUUUGAGAAGAUGGAAGAUAUUGCAGAUUUAACCUUAGAAAUGUGAGGACUAAUUAAUUGACCAUAUAAUUAUCUUUUCGUGUGUAUUUGUAAAUAUGUUUGAAUAAAACCAACUAAAAGUG